GUAAGUAGAAUUCGGUACGAACAACAUCGUUAUCGGCGCCAUGGGAUUCGCCGGGCGUUUUGUUUCCGUGGCACUCACGUUGCUAGUGGCCGUGCUGGUCAAGGUCUACUUUGAUUUAUCUGCCCCGGCACAGGUUCCGGAUAUCGACUUUGGUGAAUACUGGGGACCAGGAGAUGCUAAGAAUUAUAAAGAAAACGUCAUAGUCAACCCAUUUAAGUUAGCCUAUGGCGAGGAAGUGAUUGGAAAAUUAAAGAGCAAACUGGAGGAUGUACCAAAUCUGGCAGAACCAUUGGAAGGUGCAGCCUUCCAAUAUGGAUUCAACAGCAAACGGCUACGAGAGAUUCUGGACUAUUGGAGAACGGAUUACCUCGGACGAUGGAAUGAACGCCAGGAAUAUCUGAAUAAAUUCCCUCAAUUCAAAACCCAAAUCCAAGGUUUGGACAUACAUUUCCUGCAUGUCAAGACGGAGGUACGGAACCCGAAGCGAAUUGUUCCACUAUUGAUGUUGCAUGGUUGGCCCGGAUCUGUACGUGAAUUUUACGAGCUGAUUCCAAAGCUGGUCACGCGAAGCGACGAUAAGGAGUACGUAUUUGAAGUAAUUGUGCCGAGCUUGCCGGGUUACGGAUUUAGUGAGGGUGCAUCUAAGCAGGGACUCAGUCCUGCCAAAAUCGCCGUCAUCAUGCGAAAUUUAAUGGCUCGUCUCGGGUUCAAAAAGUACUACGUGCAAGGUGGUGAUUGGGGUUCCAUAGUUGGAAAUCUGAUAGCUACUUUCUUCCAGGAUGAAGUUCUCGGCGUUCACCUGACGAUGUGCGUUAACAGUGCCCCGAUCGGAUCGGUGAAGAACGUUAUCGGUGGAAUCGCUCCCUCAUUCGUCGUGGAAGAUAAAUACGUCGACUUUUAUUACCCAUAUUUGGACCGAAUGAAACUACUUCUGACGGAAACGGGUUACAUGCAUAUACAAGCAACGAAACCAGACACAAUCGGAACCGCCCUCACGGGAAACCCAGUCGGUCUUGCUGCCUACAUUUUGGAAAAAUUCUCCACAUGGACCAACCCACAAUACCGAGAUCUCCCGGACGGUGGUCUCGAAAAGUUCUUCACCCUCGAUGAACUCCUGGACAACAUCAUGAUCUACUACCUAACCGAUUCCAUCACCACCUCCCAGAGGCUGUAUGCCGAAGCUUUCAACAUCAAAGAGAUAUCCCGCGAUUUUGAUCGCAUUCCAAUGCAAGUCCCCGCGGCAUGUGCCAAGUUCCGCCAUGAACUGGUCCAGCAAACCAACUGGGCGCUAAGUGACCACUUCUGCAACUUAAUCCAAACCAAUCACUACGACGACGGAGGCCAUUUCGUCGCCAUGCAGCUCCCGGAAGUUUUGUACCGCGAUAUCGUCCAGUUUGUGAACCGUUUGUACCGGCGAGAGGAUCAAUAAAAGACUAACCUGAAA